CUCAAAAACACGUUUAUUUUUGUGCUCUGUUCAUCAGUACCUUUUCUUCCGUGGUACUAGCUUUGGAGCCGGUGUGCCCAGUAUGCUCAAAGUAUGAUUACGAAGAGAAACUUCUGGAGAGAAUGAUACGAAUGGAGUUCACAGUGGACAAAAUUGUGAAUGAAAACAAAGCCGCCGUCAGCGAUCAAAUUAAUGAAGGAUUGGACAUUGUCAGGAGGGAAAACGCUCAACUAAGGGAGUUGAUAAGUGAGAUGUCAACUAAUCAUACCGAUUAUGAAAGGCAACAGUCCAACAAGGUCGAGGAGUUUCUAAGCAGCGCUCGUGCGUCCCUGGAUGAAGCGCUUCAGCUAACCAAAGGCCAGUUCAGUGAUAGCGGUCAUAGUUGCAAGGAAACACCGUUUGUGCUUUUCCACGCUAGUAAUCCGAAAGACCAAAGUCCCGCCACAGGAGACACAAUCGUGUUCUCGGACAUUCAAACGAACGAAGGAUUGGGGUACGAUGACGUCACCGGGAAGUUUACCGCGCCUGUGUCUGGUCUCUACAUGUUCUUCAUACAUGUCUGCGUUUAUAACAAUGUCUAUGUUAACUUACAACUAGUGAAGGAAGCUAACGUGCUGAUUGGUAGUAGUUACUAUCAUACUACAGGGAGUCCGUGUUCCAGUGCCCAGGUUUUCACGCGGCUUGUAGAGAGUGAGAGCGUCUGGGUGUCUUGUGUGUCAGGACGGGACACACCCAGCUGUAUCAACAUAGUUAUCGCUGGACCAGUUUCGGGGGAGCUCUGGUUCAUAUAUAUUUACAUGGGGACCUACAAGUGGGCACACGUGCCCCCCUUGCGUUGUUGUGUGUAAAUAUAUUCAUGUUGACCUGAAAGUGAUUUUGUGCUGUUAGACUCGGUUUGCAGCAUGUCUGACCUGAACGAACCUCAGUCGCUUGAGCUUCAAAUAGCAUAUAGACUACCCAAAACAUCCACUUCGGAGAUAUCUUGAAUAUGUACUAUAAAUGGAGUGUUUAGUUUUAUCCUGGCGCAGCCCUGCGGCUGUCAGUGAAUUGUUUAUAAAAACAGAAGAAAAAACUAUUGUUAGUAUUUGAUCGUAUUUCUAAAUUAAAGCUUUUCUGCUGGCAGGAAUUCCUCAAGAUGUAUUUCAUUCACAUUAUAUAGUACUGAAUUAAAUUUCGGCAGUCGUUUUUCGUCAAAUCAUGAAGUUUUAACAUGCAUGAUAUCAAAUGCAGUAUUACUUUUUCCCAAUUAUUAUUCUGUUUGCCCCCUUUAAUACCUGGUUAAAAUGUUGUGCAUGCGUUUGUUCAUUGUUGGAUAACGCCUCCCACAAUUUUUAUUGAAUUUUCGGGGAAUUGUUUGUAACGAAAGGGAGUUUAAGUUGAAGUUUGGAUCGCAUUGGCUUUUCACGGAGUCAUGAUGAAAAUGUUUGUUAUGAAGGGCAAAUCCUCACAUUCAAAUACAUAUCCUAUCCAUUGUAGUUUCCAAUCAAUUACGCAUUGACCUCCCCUUACAAGUAGAGGAAGAAUAGAAAAGAGAAAUAAUACUGUUCUUAAAUAAUGCAGUUUCUCUGAAGUAUUGCCCUAGACUGUAUUAUGCUACAUGGGAAUAAUUACGUGUAGCUUUAAUUGGGAAGAAAUGCGAACAC